ACAUCUGCCACAAUUAAAAAAAAUAGAAUCAUAAAUGACAAAUAUUUUAUUAUGAAUUGUCAUUUGUGAUUGCGAUCAAAAUAAUUGUGAUCAAAUGGCAUUCGGCAUUGAUUUUUAGUUUUUCUUCGUUACUGCAAACGUUACUUAAUAUAAUAAAUUAAAUGGUACAUUAUUUUGUUUGUUUUAUACCUGGGAACAAUGUCUAGCUUAUUAAUUGACGAGGAUACCCGGAUUGAUUCAGGACGUUAUACCACGAAUUCGAAGUCAAUUGAGUUUGGACCUUGGCUGGUGUCGUUUGACAUUAGCUGUAUUUUGCCUAGCGUGUGUUCCACAAAACUUGUAUGUGAAAGAGAUGAUGAUCAGUACUGUCAGUUCUGUAUAUAUAGCAGAGAGUUAAGUAUACCUCAUUUUCCGGAUAUGGUGUUUCCAAAGAAUGUUCUUACACUGACUCAUAGUUGUGGUGCAAAAAUUGAAUUCAAUGCUCUUGAUGCCUUGAAAUUUGUGGCAACUGGAGUGAGGGCAAUUGAAGUGGCUUGUGCUGAAGCUUGGCAAGAAUCAAGACCAGAUGCAACAAAGCAAAAAAAGCCAUUUGACUGGACAUUCUCAACAAACUACAAAGGAACACUAUCUAAUUUUGUAUCAAUAGAAGCAACAGAUGAAACAAUUAACUUUGAACUCCUGAAACAGAAAGAUCAAAUUCUUUUCUACCAUGAUCUCACAUUGUUUGAAGAUGAGUUACAUGAUCAUGGAAUAUCUAAAUUGUCUGUUAAAAUUAGAGUGAUGCCAAAAUUCUGGUUUGUAUUGUUGAGAUACUUCCUACGGGUUGAUGAUGUUCUUGUACGGUGUCAUGAAACCAGAAUGUUUCAUUUGGUGAAUACUAACUAUGUACUUAGAGAAUUUACGGCAAAAGAAGCGAAAGCUGAGGAUUUAAAUAUGCCAACAUCUCAGAUGAAGGAAGCCGAUGAUGUGGUGCCCAUUUUACCUGUGAAGCAUAAAAUCACUGAAAAACUUGUUGUGAACGUUCAACCUGGUGCAUAAGUUCCUAAGUUAAAUAUAAGUUAUGAUUUAUAUAA